UUCCCUCCCCCAUCCCCCGGGGAUCGUCCUUCUUUCCCCUGCGUCCUCUUCUCUCAAGGAGAAAAAAAACGAUGUUCCCUGGAAGCCCCCCGUUCUGGGUUCUUCUCCUGGUGGUCCUCCUGACGCUCUCCGGCCAGGAAGCGCUGGCUCAGAAAGGACGCAAGAAAGUCAUUCAUGUCUCUGAGGAUGACAGUGGGGCUGUCGUGGUUCAGACGGCCCCCGGGAAGGUCGUCACCCACCGCGGCGGCACCAUCAUCCUUCCCUGCCGGUUCCAUUACGACAUUUCGGCCCACGACGCGGAUGAGAUUCGCCUGAAAUGGACCAAAGUGGUGGACCCCAUGUCCUUCGAGGACGUCUUUGUCGCCAUGGGUCAAGAGCGCCGGGCCUUUGGGAACUACCGAGGCCGGACGGCGUUGCAAGAGGACGGCGCCGGAGACGCAUCGCUCGUCAUUCGGAAUGUCACCUUGCAGGAUUAUGGGCGCUACGAGUGCGAGGUGACGAACGAGUUGGAAGAUGAUGCGGGCAUGGUGAAACUGGACUUGGAAGGGGUGAUCUUUCCUUACCACCCUCGCCUGGGGCGUUACAGCCUGAAUUUCCAUGAGGCCCAGAAAGCAUGUUUAGAGCAAGACGGGAUUCUGGCUUCGUACGACCAGUUGCACGAGGCCUGGCUGGACGGAAUGGACUGGUGCAACGCCGGCUGGCUGGACGACGGAUCAGUCCAGUACCCCAUCUCGAAACCGCGGGACGAGUGUGGGCGCAAGGAGACGGCCGUCGGGGUGAGGAACUACGGCUACCGGCAGAAAGAGGAGGAGCGCUAUGAUGCCUUUUGCUUCACAUCAAACCUGAACGGGAAGGUCUACUUCCUCAAAACCUACCGCAAACUGAGCUUUCCAGAGGCCGUCCACGCGUGUCAGGGGAACGGGGCCACCGUGGCCAAAGUGGGCCAACUCUAUGCAGCCUGGAAGAUCCAGCUGUUGGACAGGUGCGAAGCCGGCUGGGUGAGCGACGGGAGCAUCCGGUACCCCAUCGUCAACCCCCGGGCCCGUUGUGGGGGCCGCGAGCCGGGGGUCCGCAAUUUAGGCUUCCCGGAUAAAAAAUACAAGCUUUUCGGGGUCUAUUGCUACAAGGAAUCCAACGGCGGCGGCACGGCCAAGAAGGGGACGCGGAAGUGGAAAGCUCGGCAGGCGUAACCGUUGAUGAGGGAAGUGCCGGAUUCGAAUCCCUCCACUUCCUCCUCUUCCUCCUCCUCCUCUCUCCCAUCCUCCAACGACAGGUAAGGGCUUCUCCCUCUCUUCAGCCUCUCCUUUGGGACAAGCAGCGCCCACACCUUUUUCCAGAAGAGUCUGGUUGUGUGACCAAGGAGAGAAGGACCAUAUUGGACUCGAUGAACUUCGCUCUGAACAUCUGGACCGCCAGGACGUCUGGGCUGCCGUCCGGCCUGUAUCUGGAGCUGCAAGUCUCCUAAAUACCUGUUUUCUGCUCUUCCUC